AUGUCGCCGCCGCCAGUGAUCGAGAAGCUCGUCGUGGCGCACUACAUGCUCGGCCUGACCCAUCUCCAGACUCGGAAGGAAUGGGAAGCCGACAUCCACGCCGCGCGAGACAUGGGCAUCGACGGCUUCGCGCUUAACAUUGGGAGAGACGACAGCUGGAACUUGGAACAGCUGGACCUCGCGUUCCGGGGGGAAGAUGCCUUGAGCACACGGCAAGGCUUCCGCCUGUUCCUGUCGUUUGACAUGGCGGAUCCCGGCCAGCCGUGGUCUGUGGAGCAGGUUGUGCGGUACAUCACCAUGUUCGCGAGGAGGCGGAGUUACCUCCGGGCGCGGGACGGGAGGGCAGUCGUGUCGACGUUUGAGGGCACCGGAUGGGCGGACAACUGGCCCGACUGUGAAGAUGCAGCACAGGGUAUAUUCCUUGUUCCAGCGUGGACGUCGCUUGGACCACAAGGCGUUGAGAAGAAGCUUGACAUGAUUGUUGGAGCGUUCAACUGGGCAUGCUGGCCAGAAGCCGGCAGCAAGACUAUGACCGCAGAUGCAGACGAGGCCUAUCGCCGGAUCCUGGGCAACGACAAGGCGUACAUGAUGGGCGCCAGCCCAUGGUUCUACACCAAUCUUCCGCAAUACUCCAAGAACUGGGCACCGACCUGCACGACGCUCUGGUUCGACCGCUGGGCCCAAGUCCUCGCCGAGAAUCCCGACCUCGUGCAGAUCGUGACGUGGAACGACUACGGCGAGUCGAGCUACCUCACCACGCCGCCUCGCCCGGGCGGCGGCCACCCGCGGCACAGGCAGAUCAUCGUCGCCGGCGCGGAGCGCUAUGUCGUGGAGUGUGACCACCGGGCGUUCGGCAGGGUGGUGAGGUAUUUCGCGAGGAUGUUCAAGAUGGGGUUAUAUGAUGGUGCUGCAGACGCUCUGGCACUGGCCAGGGAGGACGAGCAGUGCCUCGUGGCGUGGUAUCGAACCGACGUGAUUGGCGUGGGGGCAGAUGAAGAUGGCACAGUAUGGGGCGAGUUCGGCACCAGCCCGGCCUCCCACGGGACCGACGAUGUGAUUAGCAUCAUCGUGAUACAUGACACUCCCAAGCCAGUGACUGUCUCCUUUGGAAAUCCUGAAAUAUCACGUCCAAUGCCGGCUCGGCACGCUGCUGCCACGACGAUCGCGGAGCCCAUCAGAUCGGUCGGGAGCGCGCAUCUGUACGUGGUUCCCAUCCAGGGUCGGGUAGGCGAGGUCACUGUGUCGAUGGGCCGAGGCAGUAGUGGGCAGGGCCGGGCAUGGAGGACUGUUACUGGGCCGGCGAUACGGAGGCGGAAGGGAGGGAAGGUGAAUUUUAAUGUUGUGACUAUUGGCUGUUGA